UUUCACCUUUCUGUCAUCUUACGAGGCUGGGAUUGCGAAUGAAUCUGGAAGGCUCGGAUGGGCUCAUGUUGCUUGUUGCCUGGUUUAAGUGCUGCCCACUCCUAGAAGAAAUCAAUAUUUGGCACAGAUAUGAAAUGAACUUCAAUGCUACUAUUCCACAUUCUUUGACAACUCGGGGGCCUAUUAAUUGUUGGGAUCACCACCUCAAAACAGUGGUAAUAUAUGAAUCUCCUUUCCAAGGAAACCUAGAAGAGUUGGUUAGGUAUUUGGUUAGUAAUGCAAAGGUGAUUAAGACAAUUACUUGCCAUAUAAAUUAUGAAAGGUAUUUGAAUGCAAGAUACCUUUCGCUUGUUGGGGAUUUGUUGUACUUACCAACAGCUUCUCCAGGUGCCCAGGUUCUGUUCAAGUAAUGGAUUUUGAAUGUGGCUUCAAAAGAGGAAAAUAUGAUAUUUGAUGAGGCACCUUAGUCUUAUAUGCAAGUUUUGUUGUGACAUUGUGUAUUUUCAUGGUUUUGGUUCAAUCUUGAUAUAUGAGGAAUUUAUUGUGACUCUUUUGGUGUUUACACUAUAGCAUGCAUUCACAUUUUGUUUUUUAU